AAGUGUCAGAUUAAUGUCGCUUUUGAACUUUGUUUCACUUUCACCCUCGGCGAGCACACACUUGCACACUUUUCACAAUGGCAGAUCAGCUGGAGGAUAACGCAAUGGACAAGGAAUUCAAUCAGUUCUGGGACAAGGUCAGCUGCUACGUUGCGGCGAACUUCCCCUACGACGAGAGAUGCGAAUUUGUGUUGAAUGCCACGGACUGCAUUACCGAAACCAUAUUUGUGCCCUACAUGCGGAUGCUGGCGUGCGACCUGAAGUGCAGGAAUCAGUUCCAGGAACUGGUCUACCUCACAAUGUUUGUGGCACUCUGCCUGCAGCUGCUGAUGUGCCUGACCCAUGUGGUGGAUAUGUACUACAGUCCAGCCCUGAAGGUCAUCUCCCAGAUGAUGCAUAUGAACGAGCAUUUGGCGGGUGUCACCCUGCUGGCAUUUGGCAACACCUCACCGGAUCUGGCCGCCAAUUUGGCGGCCGUUAAUGAGGAAGUGCCAGUGUUCGCCAAUUCCCUGGCAAUGGCCCUGUUUGUGUCGAUGUUCACCGGCGGCAUGAUCUGCUAUAUCAGUCCCUUUAAAAUGAAUACCCAUAGCACGGUGCGCGAUAUACUGUUCUUUAUACUGGGAGUGGCCCUGCUGGAGUAUGUAAUGGCCUCCCACGGUGCUGUUACCAUGAACGAAUGCUUUCUGUUAGUUGUGGUCUACAUAUGCUACAUUAUAGUGAACAUCGUGGACGUGUAUCUAAUGCGAAAAGCCAUGAUCGUACUGGAACGCCAAAUAGCCGAACUGCGGGAUCAGCCACUGACGGUGGAGGUCAGAAUGAAACGGGAAAAACUGGAGGAGCAAUACGCAGAAUAUGCCGAGGAUGCAAUGGUCGAGAUAUUGGAGAGGCCUGACAGUAGGAUUCGAGUCUCGGUUCUCAACCCCGUCCGCGAUAAACCCUCCUACGCCACCAAGCGUGCUUCGCGGGUGCGCAUCAGCGUUAACCCACAUGCCACCAAGAGUGUUUUUUAUAACCUAACGGCUGGCCGGAACAAAGGGCUCUUGACGGAUUUCCUAAAGACUCUGAAUCCCAUCGAUGCCGAGGAAUGGCGGGAGGAAAACAUGUUUGGGCGCGCCUUUCUGCUGGCCAUGGCUCCGGCGAAGUUUGUGUGCGCCGCCUACAUACCCCUCGUGGACCAUGAACUGGAGAAACACGGCUGGAGCAAGCUGCUCAACUGCAUUCACACGUUCCUGAAUCCGGGCAUCACCAUUGUCGUCUCCACAGCGCUGCUCGGCUCCGAUAAGAAGAAAUUUUGGUACUUGGAACUGGGAAAAACAUACUCUUACGGGUUGUAUUCCUGUGCCGUCACCGUACCCGUGGCCUUUGCGAUCUUUGUACAUUCCCGGACGGAUGUGCCGCCCGCCUACCACUGGCUGUACACGAUCAUGAACCUGACUGGCUCCACCUUCCUGAUUUUCGUCUGUGCGUCGGAGAUCGACAAGCUGCUGGGCGUGGUGGGCAACAUAUUGAACAUAGACGAGGACUUUAUGGGCGUCACAGUCAACGCCAUUACUCAGGCCUUGGGGGAUCUGGUGGCCAACACGGCCAUGGCCUAUCAGGGCUAUGAGAAGAUGGCCUAUGCGGCAGCCAUCGGAGGUCCCUUCUUCAACGUGCUCCUGGCCACGGGCGCUGUUAUGUAUGCCAAAUUAAAAAUUGGCAUGGAGGUGACCAUCGAGGAGCAGACAGGACAGUAUGGAACCAAUGCGUACAUUUUCCUCAAUCUAGGUCUCUUUGCCACGCUGCUGUGGACCUCAACGCUGGACUUUUUUGCCCGCCGCUCCAUGGGAAUAUUCUCGAUGGGCCUAUACGUUCUAUUCCUAAUAUUUUCAGUCCUAAUUCAUGAGAACAUCAUUCAUUCGUUUGCCGAUGAUCCAACGGUGGAGCCAUCGUUGGAUCUGGACUGAUAACGGAUGGGAUAUCCAAUCGAAAAUAUUUAUUUGAUCAAAUUUCGAAUCACUCACUAAUGGAACUGAAUAAAUUAAACGCAGCUCAC